UACAUCUACUUAGUUCUAAUUUAGUGCUAGUCGAAUUACCAUCUCCUCCCAAUUUUUCCUUUGUCCGGCGGUGACAAGUUGACGAGAGUGAGUGUGUUAGCAAUUGCAAAAUCGGUUCAAGCUGCGCGCGACUUUUCGAGUGGCAAAGAUUUGAAUGUUCGAAACCAAAUAAAUUCUAAACUUAUUAUUUAAAUGUCUGUAAUAGAUAUUUUUGAAUGAUUUAAUGGGAAUACAGUGUUGAAGCUUCAAAAGUAUUUAAUUUAAUCGGAGGAAGACAAUUGUGCAACACUCAUCAGUGCACGUUGAUGAUGACAGAGUUAAGAUAUGGAAUCAGCUUAUAUUGAUUAGGCUUUACUGGGGAAAAAAUACUAAGCCCCUUGCCACGUUCAUGUAGUUCCAAUUGAUAAAGAAAAGCAACAGUGACAAGUGUAAAGGCAAAAUAGUGUGUUCACCUUAGUGUAAUAUGAAGUGAUUUGUUGAGUUUGCAGCACAGCUCAGUAUCAUAUCAAGGAAGAGUGAAAACGGUUAAAAUUUUUGCCAAGCACGUGCUAGCAGUACAGCAUGGUUCGGAAUAGUUACAGAUGCGGUUGGAAAAACUGUCUCAACAGCCGAAGGAAAUGCUUCACAAUGUUGUUGAUUUUCCUGCUAUACAUGGUGUCCCAGGUGCAGUCCUGUGGUCCUGGCAGGGGCAUUGGGGGUCCCCGAAGAACCCGCAAAUUACUACCAUUAGUGUUCAAACAGCAUGUGCCGAACGUUAGUGAAAAUUCCUUGGGUGCCUCGGGAAUACAGGAGGGCCCUAUCUCACGGAACGAUAGCAAAUUCCGCAAUCUGGAAACCAACUACAAUAAGGAUAUAAUCUUCAAAGAUGAGGAAGGCACGGGGGCCGAUCGUGUCAUGACGCAGCGAUGCAAGGAAAAGCUGAAUAUCCUGGCCGUCUCGGUGAUGAACCAGUGGCCUGGACUCCGAUUAAUGGUUACCGAGGGCUGGGACGAAGACCACAUGCAUGCCCGGGAGUCGCUACACUACGAGGGACGGGCCGUCGAUAUCAUGACAUCGGACAAGGACCGGUCCAAGAUCGGAAUGUUGGCCCGGCUGGCCGUCGAGGCAGGGUUCGAUUGGGUUUAUUACGAAAGUCGAAGUCACAUACACUGUUCCGUCAAGUCAGAUUCAUCUCAAACGAACCACGCAAGUGGAUGCUUCACGGGCGACAGCACAGUACAAACCGCUGACGGUGAGAAACGAAAACUCAGCGAGUUGCAAAUUGGAGAACGAGUACUCAGUGUUGAUGGUACGGGUAACACCGUCUACAGUGAAGUGAUGAUGUUCAUGGACCGCGACACCAGUCAAAGCCGAGAAUUCGUCCACAUCGAAGCCGAUGGUGGCACGCAGCUAACAGUCACUCCUGCUCACUUGGUAAUGGUGUGGUUGAAAGACGACGGCAAAACACUCUACUUGUUUGCCGAUCGAAUACAGGAAGGCGAUUACAUUUUAGUGAACAUCAACAGCGUUCUGGAACCACGAAAGGUUCAAAGGAUAUCUGCCAAGCUGUCACAAGGAGUGUAUGCUCCAUUGACCAGGGAGGGAACGAUUGUGGUGGAUUCCAUAGCUGCCUCGUGCUAUGCCCUCAUAGACAGCCAGACAAUAGCUCACCUUAGCUUCCUGCCGUAUCGAGCAGUGCAGAAAAUUAUGAAUCUGUUUAGGAGUAGUAGUCAAAGUCGUAGCUUGAGUCUACCUCGACACGAAGGCAUUCACUGGUAUGCCAAAACGUUGUAUGCGAUCAAAGACUUAGUCAUACCAAAUGAUUGGCUCUACCACUAGCAAUGCAAAAAACAAAACUCUACUCCUUGAAUAAUUGUUAACUUUGUAAAUAAUGUAUAUUACUAUUGUAACUGAAUCAAACAAAACGACUGUUGUCUGAAACAGGUGUGAAACAAAGUAAAAGGUAGAAGCGAGAGGGUAUGUGAGAUCUACUUAACUUAUACUCGAAUGAAAGCGAUAGUAUUGUGAGUGCGACAUCCCAUCCGGCUGAUUUGGGGAAAUCAAUACAAAUGGAUAAAGUGCGGAAAGGGACAGGAAAAGUUAUUCUUUUGGCUUAGCAAAACUCAGAACGUUUUAGAAACGUUUCUUGAUAUUGUAACGCAAAAUCUUGACGAGAAUAAACAAAUCGGUUCGUUCUAUUUUAAAUUUUAAACGAUGUCUAGUGCUGAUAAGUAGGAUCAAUAUCAAAUAAUUUAUUUUUAAUUAUGUUUGUAUAAAGAUAUUCGACGAUAACAAAUUGUAAUACGAAACCCAAAAACUAAAUUCUUAAUUAUAUUUUGAACAAAUUUGGCCAGUGACUUCUAAUCUGCUUUUCAUAACAAGUGCAAAACGAUUUAUAGGAAACGGAAUGCAUCCAUGUAAGCGAUAAAACAGUUAGAUUUGAUGUAAUAUUUAUCAAAUAGCCUUACGAGAAAAGUGAUAUCUAAUUAUAAUUUAUAGUUUAUAUAUAAUGACAAAUAAUUUAUGAACAAUUUGUAACUCAAAGCACUCGUGUAGAUAUAGAUAAUAAGUUUAGAGCUUAAAAGCCGAAUUUCAAACGCACUGAAACUUAUGCAUUCCGACUCAACGUGAAACGUUUCAACGGAUACGAAAAACAGAAGCUUUCACACCACUUAACCGUUUAUAUAAACGAAAGCUUCGCGCCUUCGUUAACAUGCUAACGCAUAACGGAGGCUAACGCUAUUCAUAUAUGUACAUAUGGGAGGCAAACGAGGAAGGCAUGGCUGAGGAAAAACUGAACGAAGCGCAAAUCUGUUUGUAAUUUAGCUUCGAUGAACAAAACGUUACGAUAAUUCUGCAGAAAGGCAUCUGGUGUCGUUGUAUUGCAUGUUGUUUUUGUAAAUAUAGCCAAAUUGAAAAGAGCGUGGUCAAAAUGUAAAAAAGAUCUAAUAAACAAAGUUGUUAUUAAAAACAAUGAA